GUUAGCAGGAAAGCCUGCCUCAUGAUUCACACACUCAAACAGAUCGAGACCGAAGUCCCGUGUUGACAAUCUUAACAUGUCAUUGUUAUACACUGUAUAAAUUUGAAGUGUGUAUUAUCGAAGAGGUAAUCAUGGUCCCUACAGACUUCAAAGCUCUGAUCCAAAGAUUUUAUCACCUUCAAUCUGAGCGAGUAGAGACCUAUCGACUCUUCGAGGAAGGUCAUGAGGCAUAUUUAAGGACAGGGCCCCAAUAUGACUUCGACCACUACAGGCAGCUGGUGCACGAGAUAACACAAGCCUUCUGCGGCAUCUCCACGGAGGUGCUGGAGAUCAAGAGAAAGCUGCAUUAUGAGUUUGACCGACCAGACCUCUCUGAGCAUAUCGAAAAGCUGCAGAGCAAAGAGAAGCAAAAACUGGAACUGACAGCCAAGCUGCAGCUGGCCAGGCAGCGGGCCCAGGAUCACCCCGAGGAGGAGGACUGUCAAGGAAAGAUUCAGGAGAUCAAGCAUGAGAUCAUCAAGAACAAAGAGGCUCUGAGUGAGAUCAUGCAGGACUUUAAGUAUGACUCCGAGGAGUGUGAUUGACAGCCAGCUCCCGGGAGGCCUGAAGCCACCCUCACAUCACCCGAUAGCAGCACUGACGGAUCGACUCGGCUCUGCUGCAACUGCCAUCUUGGACUCCUCAGCUGCACUUAUCGAUCCCCCUCUGGCCCCACCCUGCUCACUGCUGCAGUCUUAUGCCACCCAGGGGACUUUUCACAUUCUGCAGCUGUGUUUUUUAUCUGUAGUAAUGCUAUCAUGUUAGUGCACGCCUCAGCAAAAGUAUGACCGCUCGUGAUAAAAUGUGUAAAUAGUCAAAAUGUUAAUUAAUGCUUUGGACUAUCCAGUUUUCUUUGUUUAUAAUGUAUUUUUUAAAUUAAAAAAAGACACUUUUGAAGACAUUUUUGAUUUUUACUGUUUAUACAUCACAUUAUUUUGAGACAGUGAAAGGAUAUAACUUAGACAAAACACAUUUUAAAUAUAUAGGUACAGAAAUAUAAAAUCCUUCAACAAAAAGCCUGCUAAGAUAUUUGUAUAUUUAUGUAUAAUGAAUCAAGUCAUGGCGAUUCAAUGCUUCAUAAAUCAGUAUGCUGCUGUGAUUCAGAGCAGUGGUUCUCAAAUGGUGGGUUGGGCCCCAAAAGUGGGUUGUGAAUGUGUAUCAGGGAAAAAUAAAAAAAAAAAAACAUGGCAAAAA